UUACUUCGUGACAGAAAGGACUAUAUGUCCAAUGAUAAAGUAGCAGUGGUGUACUAAUAAAAUGCUUCACUUGCUCAUGUUUGUUCAACUAAAAUAUUUCUUUUUCAGGAUAAACCAUCAGCCUGUGUCCAUCACCCAACUUAGCAACAACAUGUUGCUGUUAAAUAUUUGCAUCUAUGCCAGCCUGAUGCUGUCCCUCCCUCAGUGUGCAUAUCAAUCAUGCAUAGAGGGUACACCCAGACAGUGCCUUGAUGCAGAUUUUGCUCCCGGUACCAAUUUGGCCGGGGAAGGCUUUGAUAUUACCAAGAUGGAACGUAAGGGAGCCUUUGUGCUUGACAUGAAUCAGUGGAAACGCAAGGACAAAACAUGCAUCCUGUGCAGCAACCCCUAUCUGGAGAACAAAAAGCAAAAGCUCCCCUUGUCAGUGGUGGACUGGAGACCAAAGCAGUCCUGCAGCAUUAAAGUGGCCAGUGCUCUCCACCGAUCCAGUGAGUCUCUGGUCAGUUCCAGCACCUCUUCUGUAGAAAACAACUGGCAGGCUAAUCUAGAUGUUGAUGCGGGUGCAAAAGGUGGCUCAGUGAUGCUAGCUGGUACCCAUUCUAAACUGGCUGAAUACUCCAUGGAAAAAACAAAGAAUGACAAGUUCAGCUUCACGAGUCAAAGCAUGUCCUGUGAGUUCUACAGCUACAGAGUGUCCGGCACUCCAAAGUUGCACGGAGAAUUUCGCAAAGCAGUGAAACAGCUCCCCAAAAUCUACAGCCCUGAAAGCAAGCAACAAUUUUACAAACUGAUUGACAACUUUGGCACCCAUUACGUCACCAAGGUGAAGCUGGGAGGAAGCGUUCAAUCUGUGACCAGCAUCAGGCAGUGUCAGGCCGGCCUGCAGGGCCUCAGUGUGGAUGAGGUGCAGAUGUGCCUGGAAGCUGAGGCGUCCGCCAGCAUCAAGGCUACAAUGAAAACUCAGGCAAAACAUUGCCAGAAGGACAUUGACAAGAUGGAAAGUAAGACAUCCUUCUCUGGCCUCUUCAAUGACAGGUUCACAGAAAUAAAGGGGGGCCAUACCACAGAGCCAGACCUUCUCUUCUCUGCUGACAAAAAUCCAUCAGCCUACAAAGAAUGGCUGAACACACUGCCACAGAAUCCAGACAUAAUCUCAUACUCCCUGGACUCCCUUCAUGAGCUGCUGCCUACCAGCACUCCUGUCCGGAAGAACUUGCGCUCAGCCAUUAGCCAUUACAUCCUGGAGAAGGGCCUGUGGAAGAACUGCAGUGAACGCUGUCAGGCCGGCAUCAAGAGUGACCCAAGGGAUACCUGCGUCUGCCAGUGCCACAAUGACCCCGCUGUAAACCAAGACUGUUGCCCGACACGUAAGGGCAUGGCACGGGUCAUCAUAACUGUACAGGCGGCUUCUGGUCUGUGGGGAGACCACACCACAGCAACAGACGCUUAUGUGAAGGUGUCUUUUAAUGGGAUGAUGGUCCGGCGUACUCCGGUCAUUAACAACAACAACAACCCACAAUGGGCCACUGUUGUCGACCUGGGCACACAGGAUUUAUCGUCAGGACAUAGGGUGAAAUUUGAAGUGUGGGAUGAAGACAACAAAUGGGAUGACGACCUGCUGGGGCAAUGUGAGCAAGUUGUGUCUGCUGGACUCAAGCAGGAUCUCUGUAAUCUGCAACAUGGCAGGCUGUUCUUCACAUUGGAUGUGAAAUGUGCGCCGAGUCUGAGUGGAGCUUCAUGUAAAGACUAUAAACCUUCGCCCAUGAGUCAAAGUCUGAAGAAGCUGUAUGUGUCCCGUCAUGCACAUCCUGUUCCAAAGGCCAUCCUCUUAGAGAUGGGUGUGUUU